CUUCCGGUAGAAGUCAACAAAGCGGUUAGCGUCAAUCUAUGGUUAGCAUCGUUAGCUUCUCUGUUAGCAUCGAGCUGUUCGGUGUGGUGGGAUCCAUUGCGAGUCCGCGCAGCAACAAUGAGUUCAGUUCAGCCUCUGAGGGAGUUUAUCAGGCAGAGACUAACUGCUGCUGCUGAAGAAAUCUUCUCAGAGGUGGAAAAAACCAUCAUCCAGUACCAGGAGGAGAUCGACCGUCAGCGCGGCUGGAGACCCCGAACUGAACAGAACCAAGCAGAACCUUCACAGGAUCAUGAUCGGAUAGUGAAGAAGGUUCGCUUUGACCAAAAGCUCUGUAACCAGGACGCCAGCAUCGGUCCAAAUCAGACGAUACAGAGUGCUGGACCUGCCCGGGUCAAAGAAGAACCAAAGGAACCAGAACCUCUAACGGUUCAAGAAGAGAAACUCUGUGUUUCUGAGGCAGAGGAACAGCGUGUGUUUAAGAACGAGGUGGAUUUCUUCUUGGUGACGGCUCCUGAUGAGGAACCAGAACCAAACAGGUACCGACUCGCCUCUUUGGGUCCUGAAGCUGAAAACCAGAACCAGGCAGGUACCAGCGAUGCUUCUGCUCAGACAGCUGAGAAGUCAGUGAGUUGCGACCUCUGCGGAAAGGCUUUCAAGCACAGCUACAAGAUGAAGAUCCACAGGAGAACCCAUACAGGGGAAAGACCAUUCUCCUGUAAAAACUGUGGAAAACGGUUCAUGAGGAGUUCUGGUUUGUCGGUGCACAUGAGGAUCCACACAGGACAAAAACCGUAUUCCUGCAAGACCUGUGGGAAAAGAUUUACUCAGCUCAGCAGCCUGAACUACCACAUGAAGACCCACACAGAUGUUCUGCAGCAGGAGAAUCAUCAAACAGAGGAGGCUCUGUGUAUCCAGGAUAGGAGCUCCAGUUUGGACAAGGCAGAACCAAAAACUCAACAGGCAGGGAAUCAGGAGACAAAGCUCUUUAUGCUCGAACCUGAUCAACUCCACUAUCAGAAGUCUGCUAAAGUUGAGGAUCUGGAUCAAAACAGUCUGGUUGAUAACGGAUGUCCUCUAGAGGGUCAGUCGAAGAACUGCCCCACCGAUGGUGAUGUGGAGAGAGGUUUGUCUGGGCAGGGUCCGAUCGGUGCACCGAUGGCCAAGAGGUCUGUGAGGUGUGAUGUUUGUGGGAAAGCUUACAAGCACAACUACGAGAUGCAGGCUCAUCGGAGGACCCACACAGGAGAGAGACCGUUCUCCUGCAAAAUCUGCGGCAAAGGCUUCAUGAGAAGUUCUGGCCUGGCUGUCCACACCAGAAUCCACACGGGUCAGAGACCAUAUACAUGCGGAAUAUGUGGGAAGAGCUUCACUCAAUUGAACAGUUUGAAUUACCACAGAGGAACCCACUUAGACUGCCUGCAGCAGGAGGAUCAGAAAGCAGGGGAGGUUCUACAGGAAAAGAGCUCUAAUUUGAACCAAGAGGAACCAGAACCUCCUCAGAUCAAAGAGGAACAGGAGGAAAUCUGUACAGGUCAGGUUGAAGAUCAACCGGUGCUGAAGAAGGAGACGGAGACCUUCAUGGUGACUCCUGCUGAGGGUGAGAAGAUUGGACCAGGAUCUAACAUGGGUUGACUCCUCUCUCAGGAACCAACAACCCUUUAUGAAGGUGAAGGAGGCUUCGUUUAAAAUCAGUGUUAUUUAGGAUGGAGUUUGGAUGGAUGUUAUUCUCUGUUUGGUUCAGCUCCUCUUUAGGAGAUGCUGUUACUCCCAGAACGUCUGGAAGGACAUCUGUGGCCUAAUAUGGGAAAAUGUUGCUUCUUUAGAAAACAGAAAACUGACAUUUUUUAAAAAAAUGAUUAAUGUGCUCGGUAUUCGGUCCAACUUUUACACCCGCCAAUGCAGCUAGAGUAAGCAGAAACUCACCGUUACUCAUUUCUACACCGACAGCAUCUCUUACAUCAAAGUGUCAGAAGACUGAUCACCAAACGACAGUAAAGAUCAUCAAACUUGGAUAAAAUGUAAUUUAUUCUGCAUAGAAACUGUAUAAGGCUGUAUUUUUGUUCUCUCCCCCCACCUACCCUACACACUGAUGAUUAAUAUACCUCCCCGACUGAAAGCUUUAAACCUAAAAAGAGAUUUGCUCUGUUUGAUAGCCAAAAUGUUAUUAAAAAAAAGAUUUUAAGGUUUUUGUUUAUUAUAUUUUAGGUAAGACUGUAGCUUGUUUUUCAGAUCAAAUCGACAUUUUAUUGUUGAGUUUGAUCGUUUUAUUUUCUUUAGUCAGCAAAUCUGAGAUUAAAUUUUUUCUUCUACACUAAUGCUAGCUUUUGACCUUUCUCUGAUAUAUUCUGUUGUGAUUUUAUGUUAUUUUCUAUUCCCAGCUGGGAAUUAUAUUUCUGAUACUUUAAGAUGUUUAUUGCUCUCCCCAGUAGGGGAGUACGGGUACGAGUCCUUCUAACUGUGUGUUAGAACAAUAGAUGAAAGGGUGAUUCGAACACUAAUCAUGGUC